GCACGCGCCACCGCAAUGCGCUGCAGCCCCUCCUCGAGCCUCCGCCUGCCCCCCAUCCUGUCUUGAAUCGCCACGACCGCUACAGCUCUGUCCGCACACGCCCCAUAGUCCCAUAAUUAGGUAUCGCCACCACAUCGGGAUCACAUCAACACGCAAUGGCAGGAGGCGACGGGAUGCCGCCGUGGCCCGUGAACCAGACGCGGCCGGCGCACAACGUCGAUCUGCGCCGCUCGUGGGUGCCCUCGCCCGUCAUCCCAGCGCGGGACGCCGAGCACGAGCGCAUCCCGGCGGAAGACGAGCCAUCGUCGGCUUCGACGUCGACGAGAAGCGCACGGAGCACGGGGAGCGGCCGGCGGAAGCACUCGCAGAGAACGCGGCGCGCGCCUGGGGAUGAUACGCUCGGCCUGGACGGAGAACGAGGCGUGCGGCGGCAGUCGUGGCUGGCGUGCUUUCGCCCGAUGAGCCUGUUCAGCAGGAGAAGCCGAGUUGUGGACUCUGAGGUCGAUGACGCCGAGAAACAUACCGAAGAGCGCCAUUUGGAUUAUAGACGCGAAGUCGCACCUGCGGAAUGGAGGGCGUAUGGUUAUUGGGCGCGCCCGUACAUUAACUGGCCAUGGGCGAUUAGAGUGAACAACGCAACGCCCCUCCUCGAGAACCAGCGCGAACUCAGCCCGCCAGAGGUGGACGCGAUGCUCGCCACCAUCCGCGAACCCGGCGGCGCGGAGGCCCACCCCGAGAACUGGGUCCCGCGCGUCUCGCACCCCUCCCUGCCCCCACGCCCAGACCUCUGGCCGACCCCCCAAGCGACCUUCAGCCCGCUCCCCGGAGAACUCCAACUCAACCCGUGGUUCACACACCGCGCGAUCGGGACGCCCCCGCUGCACUUCGACCUGCGCCUGCGCGCGGCGGACGCGGAGGUGCACGUGCGCGACGCGCUGUACCGCACGGGGCGGCGCGACGCGCUGCGCGUCGACGGGCCGAACGGCGCGCAGCCGGCGACGUACCCGGGCGUGCCGCGCCUGCGCGUGACCGCGCUCGCGGGCGACGCGCAGCCGUGGUUCUGGUGGCCGUUCACGGUGCUCGCGCACCACGCGGCGCUGCCCGUGCAGGUGCGCGACGUGCUCGACGCGCUCGUCGCGAACUUCGAGGAGCGCCUGUCCGUGGAGGAGUGGCAGGCGCUGAGCGACGAGCGCAAGCACAUGGUGCGCGACGCGUAUGUAAGGAGGUGCACGCUGCCGGUGGGCGGGAGGGUGUGUCCGCCGGACGAUGGCGCGCGCAGGGUGGACUACCUCGGGGACAACUUUUGUUUCCGCGGGUUCGAGCCUGCGCCGGACGGGGACGGCUUCAUGAUGUUCGUGGGCCCGCCGCCAUAGCGUUGGCGCACGCCCGGGGUGGAAGGGUGUGUCCCGCUCGGGAUGUUAGUUUGUGCUUCCGGUUUUGGAUCGGUCCGUCGUCUCUGCUUUCUGGUCAUCUCACCUGCUGUAUUCUGCCAUGCUUUCCUGUUUCCUGUCCUGCAAUCCAAACUGUGUCGAUUGUCUGCACCCUGUGCCGGUGG